AUGUGGCAGGAGGCAUCGUUAAAGAAUUAUGAGAACAAAUCGACUGAUAAAGAUACAUCUGCUUGGAUGAAGCAUUUGAUUGCUGGCGGUUUUGCAGGGGCAGUCUCCAGGACAUGCACAGCUCCUCUUGACAGAAUUAAAGUUACUCUUCAGGUUUCUUUAUUUAAUGUGACACUGCCUCUUAUAAUAAAACAGAUGAUGGAAGAAGGAGGACUGAGAUCAUUUUGGCGAGGAAAUGGAAUUAAUGUUGCUAAAGUCAUCCCAGAAAUGGCCACAAAAUUUACCAUUUAUGAUGGGAUUAAAAAUAAGCUGAAAACAUUGAAAGGCAAAAGUGAGUUGGAAGUGAUGGAUCGAUUGGUUGCUGGCUCCAUGGCAGGAAUGAUUUCUCAGUCACUCAUAUUUCCACUCGAGGUUUUAAAGACAAGGUUGGUGCUACGAACGUCAUCAGAGACAUGCCGGUCAUGCAUUCAGAGAGUCUUCAGUAACAAGAAUAAUAUGCUGAGGAAUUUAUUCAGAGGCUAUGUACCAAACAUUAUCGGCAUCAUUCCUUAUGCAGGCAUCGAUCUCGCUAUAUACGAAACACUAAAGAGAGAAUACAUGUCUCAACAAAGUGACUCUACAGAGCCACAGACGUUAGUUCUGCUGACAUGUGGUGUGGUAAGCAGUUCAUGUGGACAGAUUGUCAGCUAUCCCCUAAAUCUCAUCAAAACAAGAUUCCAGGCACAAUUAGGUUUUUUGAUUGUUAAUGAAAAAUUUUAUUCAGAACCAGAUUGCUCGUUGGUAUCAACAGUACGUACAAUUGUUGUAAGUGAUGGAUUGUCCGGUUUAUACAGAGGUCUUUCUGCUAACCUCAUGAAGGUUGCUCCAUCUGUGGCUAUUGGCUAUGUUGUUUAUGAACAUUCAAGAAGUUUUCUGGGUGCCUCCAUGUCCUGA